AUGGCAUGUUUAUUAAACGGAUAUAUCCCAGUCGCCCUGAAGCCACUACAGAUAUUGCUCAUCUGUUCUAUCGGGCUGUUGGUCCCAAGUCCGUGUGGCGUUCCCCCUUUCCCCUGUAUCCCCCUAUAGCCCCACGGUACCCCAUGGGUGUUUAGGCCUUAGGCCUUCGUGGUAGUUGGAAUAUAAAAAAAAAAGUUAAUAUCUUUUUUGUAGGGAACCAUACUUCCUAUCGGUAACCGAUGAGGCUAAAUAUUAUUUUAGAAGUUUUUUAUUAGUUUAGUGUACUCCUCCAUCACUCUGCCAGGUAGUAGAAUUAUAGGCCUGUAAUUGUGAAGAUCAAUCUUUGUAUGUUUUACAUGACAUGUACAUUACAAAACACCAUUUCACUCAUUUCUGUCGAUCUGCCUGUCGGCCUGUCUGUGCGCUAAUUUUGAUACAAGGGUACUACUAUGCCACAGAUUAUACAGAUGUCCUUUCACGUACUUAGGCAAAAUAAUUUGCGGAGAGCUUUUUUUUUAA